AUGUCGAAGAACGCUCAGGACACCGUCGAAGUCGCCGGAUCGCGGCAGUCGCUGCAGAUCGACGAGAAGAAGAAUGUCCAGGAUUAUACCGUCGACCUUGGGUCGGAGAAGGAUUCCGCAGAUGAGAUCGAGGUUCUCGAUCCAUAUACGCCCUUCCCGAUUGAUCCUAACCAGCCAGAAGAGGAACACAUUCUUACCGUUCGUGCACUAUUCCUUGGAUGUGCUCUUGGUGCCCUCGUCAAUGCCUCCAAUUUGUACCUCGGUCUCAAAACUGGUUGGUUGUUCGGUGCCAAUCUUUUCGGUGCUUUGCUCGGUUUCGCCAUCUUGAAGGGUAUGAGCAGGUCGCCGCUCAAGAUCCCGGGUCUGACAGAUCACUUCGGCCCUAUGGAAAACAAUAUUGUGCAGACUAGUGCUGCUGCUGCUGGUGGUAUGGGUUUGAUCUUCGUUUCUGGUAUCCCGGCUCUUUACCAUCUUGGGUUGAUGCACGAGAAUCCCAAGGAUGACUUUGGCAGACUCAUUGCUAUCACAUUCUGCGCUUCCCUUUUCGGUAUCUCGUUCAGUGUCCCGCUCCGAAAAUUCUUCAUCAUCAAUGUCGCCAAGGAGUUGUCCUUGAUUUUCCCAACUGCCACAGCUACCGCUGUCUCCAUCCGUGCUAUGCACGCUACUGGCGAAGGUGGAUACGGCCAAGCUAAGAAGAAGAUUAAGGCUCUCGGUAUCUCCUUCGGUGCUGCCUUCUUGCUUCGUGUCAUUUCGCAAUACUGCGUUGGCGUUCUCUGGGAUUGGCAUAUCUUCUGGUGGAUCUACUCCAUCGCCAAAACUAGCGGAGUCGCUGCUCCUGGUGUCAUUGGUGCUGUCAGCUGGGGUUGGUUCAUUGAGUUCACCCCAGCUUUCAUUGGAUCCGGCCUCCUCGUUGGUUUGAACUCUGCCUUCUCCCUCUUCUUCGGUGGUGUCUUCUCCUGGGCUAUCGUCGGCCCCUUACUUGUCAAGUAUAAUGCUGCCUUCGGCCGAGAGGUUAACGAGGAAAUUCCUGGAUUGAUGAGCUACAUGAGCAUGAGCGUCAAGAAUUUGGAUCACGUAUCUCCUAGGUACUGGCUCCUCUGGCCUGGUGUCUUUGCCAUGAUUCUCGUCUCUAUGGCCGAAUUGGCAUUCAACUACAAGGUCAUUAGUGCCGGUUUCAUCGCCGGUUACAAGAGCAUCGUAGGUGCCGUCGGAAAGUUCAAGAAUCGCAAUGCACCACCAUCUGAGGAUAAGGCUAGCGAGGUAUCUGACAAGGACAUUUUCUCGCCCUCCGAACAAGUUCCAUUCUGGAUGUGGGGAUCUCUUACUGUCGCCACUAUGGUCUGCAUCUGUGUCGUCCUCGGAAAGAUGUACCAUUUCCCAAUCGGUGUCUCUAUCCUUUCCAUCCUCUUUGCCUUCAUCUUCUCCUUCUUGGCUAUUCAGUGCACUGGUGCCUCUGAUACUACCCCUGUCUCCACUGUCGCUAAGGCAUCUCAGUUGGCCACCGGUGGUGUUACUAAGGGAAUGCACAUCAGCGUCGCUGACGCCCAGAGAAUCAACUUGAUGGCUGGUUGUGUCGCCGGUGCCGCCGCCUCCCAAUCCACUGACUUGAUCAACGACUUCAAGGUUGGAUACCUUCUUCGUACCCCUCCCAGGAAGCAAUGGUAUGCCCAAAUUGUCGGAUCCGUUGUUGCCAUUUUCAUGGCUCCUAGCUUGUUCAUCCUGUUCGCCACCGCAUACCCAUGUAUUCUCAACCCAGAUGCUAAGGUCUGUGCCUUCGGUGCUCCAUCCAUCGCCGCUUGGCGUGCCGUUACCGAGGCCGUCACCUCCCCAGAAUUCCCAGUUCCACGUGGCUCUGCCAUCUUCUCUCUCGUCUACGGAAUCAUCUGCGUCCUCAUCUCCCUCGCCCGCCACAUCCUCAACCUCAAGGGCAAGGAAAAGAUUGCCAACUGGCUUCCAAACACCAUGGUUUUCUCCCUUGCUCUUACUCUCCCAUACACCCAAUACGGUACCGCCAUGAUCAUGGGUGCUGGUGUUGCGGCUAUCUGGCAGGCAAAGGCUCCAAACAGCUGGAACAUGUAUGGUACCUCCGUUGCCUCUGGUUUGAUUGCCGGUGAGGGUAUCGGUGGUGUUAUCAACGCCUUGUUCGAAGUUGUCAAGAUCUCCGGAAGCUUCCACGGUAGCGGCUUCGGUUGCCCCGACGGUGCUUGUUAA